UUCGUAAUUUAUACCGCAGCCUGUUUCCUCGUUACAAGUUGCGUCUCUCCCCCGUUGCCUUUCCCCCUUCAUUCCCAGAGGGUUCUUUGGAAAGCUCCUGCUUUUUUCGAUUCUUCAAAAUCUAAAUAGUAACUGAGCAAACCCGAUUAAGAUAUGUCGGGAAGCAGGAAGGAAACGGUUUUGGACUUGGCAAAGUUUGUGGACAAAGGUGUCCAAGUCAAGCUCACUGGUGGUAGACAAGUGACUGGGACUCUAAAAGGAUAUGACCAAUUACUAAACCUUGUUCUGGACGAAGCGAUAGAGUUUACAAGAGAUCCUGAUGAUCCACUGAAGACUACUGAUCAGACCAGGCGUCUAGGCCUUAUAGUUUGCAGGGGAACCGCUGUAAUGCUUGUGUCCCCCACAGAUGGUACUGAUGAGAUUGCCAAUCCUUUCGUCCAGCCAGAUGGGGCCUAGACAACCCCUAACUUUGUUUUAAUUUUAAUUUUAACUAGUUAUUUAAAUCCGAAUGCUCAUGUUGCCCCCAUUUUCCAACUUAAAUCCGAAGAUACAUUAAUAUGGAAGCUAGUGAUCAACCUCAUGUAUGGCACUUCUUCUACUUCACACACUUGGAUAUUGUCCUCUUUGGACCUAAGUUGCUAACUGUGUUGUCUCA